AAGAGCAGGCGCACGCACAAAACCCUAACGCCUCCGAUCGAAUUUCCUCCUUCAGCGACCGGCGGCAAUGGCGUCGCGAAUCGCUCGGUUUCUGAGGUCUCUCGUUCCUCCGACCGCCAUCCAGCCUUCUGCUUCUUCGGCUCCUGCCUCACACCGGUUCCUCGCCACGGCUGCUGCCACCUCCGACGCCCCCGCGAAGGGUGACGAUGCUUCGGCUGCCGCGGAGGACAAGGACGACAAAAUUUUUCUAAAGUCGCCGGAGUCGGCGUCCACCCGGGACAAGGCGUCGGUGACGAUGCCCAUGUCGUUCAUGACGGGGUCAAUUGUAGGAAAGCGCUUCUACAAGGAGGUCACUACUCGCAUGGCCGAGGACGGGAAUGGGUGGACGGUUAUGCUCGAUUACAGGACGCUGAAGACCCCCAGCAAGAGGCCUCUCAAGCUCCGGAGUCUGGCGCUUGCCAAGGCCAUUGCGGCCGAGUGGGAGUACCAGGAAAAAGAUGGAAUACGACCUUUUACAAUGCCUUUGAUGAAGCUUACAUGUACUGCACUGGAAAGGGUUCCACUUACACGAGCAACCAUUAUUGAAAAUUUGAUGAAUAAGUUUCAUCUGGAUUUGGUUUUUUGCCGAUCUCCAGGUGACAAUGAUGCGACAAUAAGAAUUCUUAAAAAGCAAGAAGAAAAUUUAGAUCCUAUACUUGAUUGGGUGCAAUCAAAAUUUGGGUUUAAACCAGCAGUUUAUUCCAGUUUGUUUGGAGGCAAGCAAGAUAAGGGUCUUGCUCAAGCUAUCAAAGAUGCUCUAAAAGGAACAAAUGACUUUGAACUGGCUGCAAUUGAUGCACUUGCUGCUAAUGCACAUUCUAUAGUUAUUCCUCUUGCAUAUUUCUUCGGGAGGAUAGGAAUCGAGGAAGCCAUCAAAUUGAUACGACUUGAAGAAGAUCAACAGAUAGAUAGAUGGGGUCUUGUAGAAGGUGGCCAUGAUGUUGAUAUUGCAGACCUUAAGGUGCAAAUCUCGUCCGCUGCUGUUCUUCUUGGCCUUUCAAAAUGAUCGCCCUUCAGUUUUUCCCAUACACAUCAGGAAAUGUGGAACACAUUUAAAUGCUUCUUCAAGCUUGUUAUGCAGAUAUAUAUCUGUUCCAAGUACUUCUUGCCGUAUUAAUAAGAGUGGGAGCCAUAUUAUUACCGCAAGCAUUUCUUGUGCAAUUUUUGUGUUUUUGUAUUUGCUUUUAGAUAAAUUUUACUCACUCACCGUCGGCUGUGGUUGAGUCUCUCUCAGUCCAGUUAUUUUCUGCUAUACAUAUUAUUGAACUGAUUCAAUUUGAAAAACUCAGAGCUUGUAGAAUCACCAUUUAUAUGUUAUUUUGAAUACAAUAAAUACACUGGUAGUAAAUUUAUAUGCCUUUAGUGCUUAUUUAUGAUA